CUCACUCACAAAAACCAAACACACACACACCUUCAAUUUUCUUCUUUUUUUCCAUUUCCAUGGCUUUCACAACCAUGCCUUCUUCACUCACAAACCCCACUUCUUCCCCAACUAUCUUUCUUCCUCCCAUCUCUCAUCGUAACAAUCAUCUUUUACCUCCAAAUAAACUCAUCAUCAAUAAAGGCCAACGCAAUCUCCGAGACUUAACCGUUGCAAAUGUUGCAAGUCCUUCAUUACCCAUGAUUACCCCACCAACACCGGAGGAACACCGCUCAGAAACCACCGCCGGCCACCACCAUGUUGCAUGGACUAGUGUCCCGCAGGAGAGGUGGGAGGGAGAGUUACAAGUUGAAGGGCAAAUACAACCAUGGCUGAAUGGAACGUACCUGAGGAAUGGGCCUGGGAUGUGGCACAUAGGAGACUACAACUUCCGCCACCUCUUCGACGGUUACGCUACGGUGGUGAAGCUCCGAAUCCAGGACGGCCGGUUAUUCGCCGGCCACCGUCAACUUGAAUCGGAGGCGUACCGAGCGGCGAAGAAGAACCAGAAGAUAUGCUACCGGGAGUUUUCGGAAGUGCCAAAGGCGGCGAAUUUCCUGGCGUAUGUGGGGGAGCUGGCGAGCCUGUUCUCCGGCGCGUCGCUGACGGACAACGCGAACACCGGCGUGGUGAGGCUUGGCGACGGGAGGGUGGUGUGUCUGACGGAGACGCAGAAGGGGUCGAUUGUGAUUGACCCCGAGACUCUAGAAACGGUGGGGAAGUUCGAGUACAGUGACUCGUUGGGGGGUCUGAUUCACUCUGCGCACCCCGUUGUGACGGAUACGGAGUUUGUGACGUUGUUGCCGGAUUUGGUGAGAGCAGGGUACCUUGUGGUGAGGAUGGAGCCAGGCACCAAUGAGAGGAGGGUCAUUGGUCGGGUCAAUUGCCGGGGCGGGCCUUCACCCGGUUGGGUACACUCUUUUCCUGUCACCCAACACUAUGUUCUUGUACCCGAAAUGCCGUUGAGGUACUGUGCUCAGAAUCUGCUCAAGGCUGAACCUACUCCUUUGUACAAGUUUGAGUGGCACCCCCAGUCUAAAGCUUUUAUGCAUGUUAUGUGCAAGACCAGUGGAAAUAUUGUGGCAAGUGUGGAAGUGCCUCUGUUUGUUACUUUCCAUUUCAUUAAUGCGUAUGAGGAAGAAGACGAAGAUGGGAGGGUGACGGCCAUUAUUGCGGACUGCUGUGAGCAUAAUUCGGAUCCUACCAUUCUUGAUAGGCUUAGGUUACAGAACCUUCGUUCUUUUAAUGGUGAAGAUGUUCUACCCGAUGCUAGGGUUGGACGGUUCAGAAUACCACUGGAUGGAAGUUCAUAUGGAACACUAGAUGCAGCAUUGGACCCAAAUGAACAUGGGAAAGGCAUGGACAUGUGCAGCAUAAACCGUAAUCAUCUAGGGAAGAAAUACAGAUAUGCGUAUGCUUGUGGAGCUCGGCGACCUUGUAACUUUCCCAACACACUCACCAAGCUUGAUUUAGAGUUGAAAAAGGCUACGAACUGGCAUGAAGAAGGUGCCGUGCCCUCAGAACCAUUCUUUGUGGCACGACCAGGAGCAACAGAGGAAGAUGAUGGCGUGGUAAUCUCCAUUGUCAGUGAGAAAAAUGGAGAAGGGUAUGCGUUGCUGUUAGAUGGUUCCAGUUUUGAAGAGAUUGCUAGGGCCAAGUUCCCUUAUGGACUUCCAUAUGGGUUGCAUGGGUGCUGGGUUCCAAAAGAGUAACAGUAUCACUGAAUAUUGUGUAGUAAUAUAAAAUCUGGUCAGAGAAAAUGACGCAACUGCUUGGAAGCACUACACCUAUACAAUAUAUUAUGCAAGUAUACUGGGUACAAGGGAUAUUCGUCCUUAAGCGUGUAAUAUUAUUGUAUGUGUAUGAUAAGGUCGCAAUUAUGGAUUCGUCCUCUUCCCCUCAGCAUUUUGUACAUUGUACUGCAUGUUUAUAUCAAUGAGUAAUCUCAUUUUUUUUCUCA